AUGAGAGCCAAGUAUCUACCGACUCAGUUCGACUCUCUCUCGGAUUACGAAGAGGCAGUUCUCUCCAGCACUGGCUGGGAAGUUGCUUCCGACACGGCAAACGAUGAACGCAGGAUCCUCAUUGACAACAAACACCAGUGGAAGAAGCUUGGAAAAGGACGGGAGGGUGAGACAUUCACGUUCAAUAAUACAGUCAUCAAGGUCUACAACGAGGAGACGAGCCCGUUUCGUAAUUGUAUCCAAGGAAAAGAUGGAUCCGUGAGAAGAUGGCCCACAGAGAUCCCUGCCAGUCUUAUCAUGGGCGGACAAGACGACGGCCAGACACUGCUCAACGACGACCGAGACAAGGAGCUCUUCGUCCCCGUCAAAGACUACUUCUUGGCCGCCACGGAACCAUUGGAACCCCCGAGAUGGCAUCUCGUCUCCCCGUCCCUCAAGUCAGGCACUUUGAAGCACCUGGCCAGGAAGCUGCACGCCUCCGACAGCGCGCCCUCGUAUCGCGAGCUCGACCAGAUGUUCAGACCAUCCUUCGAGUCUCUCCUCGCGGCGCUCGACAACUUACACAUGGCUCACGACCUCUGCCACGACGACGUCAAGCUAGACAACAUCUUUGUCGCGUCCGACCACGACCCCAGAAUGUGGAAACUCGGCGACCUCGGCAACGCCCGCGAGCCCGAUCACCCGUAUCACUAUACGCCUCUGUGGACCGCGGACACGUCUCAGCUGCGCGACUGCCGCGCCAACGAUGCGCUGCGCCUGACAAAGGUGUAUUUCCAAUUCCUCCGCGUCUCGAGCGGGGAUUCCGACGACUUUGACGAGGCUUUGCUCGGGGGCGUCGACACCCUGAGCAGAUUCUAUUGGGUGGUCGCCCGGGCGCCGACGCCGGCCUCAGCGGCGCAGAUCUGGCAGCUCUCGGCUGUGUACCCGCCCCAACUGGUCGGUGAGAAGACGCCGUGGAUGACGAUGCAACCCGCGCAGGCCGAAUUGUCUCGCGGUUGGGCGCCGACAGCCGCUGAGGUCAUGUUUGGUUGGAAGGGAUCGUUGAGAAGUGCAGUAAAAAAGGAGCUGAGAGUCGGUGCCAAGGAGAAUAUGGGCAGGCUUUUUGGGUUGACUAGGGUUUUGGGAGUUCCUGUCGGCGAAUGCCAGGCUGUCCAAGGUGUCAAUGUUCAGUCUCGGAAAUUGACUGAGGAAUUGGAGACGGAUUGGAGUGAUUGA